AGAGGAACUUCAGUGGAGCGCCCUCUCUUCACCCGAACCUCUCAGGUUCCCUGUAACCUUUCUUCUCGACUUGGACCUACUUGUUCGGAUAGCCGCUGUUUUCCAGCCGGGCAUGAAGCCGUAGAGCCGCGCCGCCCUCGGAGCACUGAGAAGCGAACUCCUCUCUCCUCCCUCAGUCUGCCUCCUGCUGGAGCUGGAGAGAUGCCCGGGGCAGGAUGUGCUCCAGCCGCAAGAUCCUUUGGAGCCUGCUCCUGCUGUCCGUGGUGGAGGUGGGCCUGGGUGUGGCGAGCAUCGUCCUGGGAGCGGUGGGCAUUAGCUGGGUCCGGGGCCAGCACAAGCCGCAGCAGGGCGACGCGUCCCCGGUUUGGAGCGGACUCUGUUUUCUGGUCUGCGGGAUGUGUGGCGUAUUGUGUGCUCGAAAGAGGACAGGUCUUAUUAUGAUCCUUUUUUCAGCAUGCUGUAUCUGUGGUCUGAUUGGUGGGAUCCUCAACUUCCAGUUUGUUCGGGCGCUGAAUAAAAGACCAGACUCCAUGCACUCGAUCCAUCUGGCUGCCAUGACUCUGGCCUGCCUGGGGAUCUCCUCCUGUACCUUAUCCACGUGGCUGACCUGUCGCCUGGCCAGCUCGGAGCAGCAGAGGAUGUUCCUGGAGAGGGAGCACUCGCUGCACCACUCUCAUGAGAUGACCGAGAAGGAGAUCUUGGACAACUCCAGUAACGGCAUUCCUCAGAUCGCCUACAAUGGACACACCACAGCAUCGCCGUGACGCCGUAUCACCAAAGGGAACUUGCACACACUGAAAUAGAGACAGUUCAUAAACCGCUUGCUAUCAGAUGACAAAUACAGCAUGUACUUCUUUCUACAUAUCCUGCAGCGCACACACAGUAACUAUAUCCUGACUGCAGGGAGUGAAGUCAGGUCUCUCGCAUUGGAACCCUUUACUCUGCCGUCGUAGUAUAAGAAGCCCAUUUUGACAACAAGAGGGAGGCGUUUUUGUGCUUCUGAAUGAUUAUGCAAACAUGGAUUCAAACCCCCUCUGAUCAACUCAAACCAUAGCCAGCAUGGAGAGCUGCCAUUUGGGUGAUAAUUCAGGUGACAAACAUCUGCGUGACAUCAUUUGACCUUUAAACUAAUGGAGAGAUUUUAUCCAAUCAGAUGCCUCAAAGUGAUGAGCACAACCCAAGCAUGCAGCUGAUUCACUUGUUUUAAAGAGCUAUGACUAUUUCAGUCUCAAUGUCCUUAUUCUCGCUCUCUGUCUUUUUAUGGGUUUAUGGAAUGCCAAUGUUGAGAUAGCCUACAGUAAACUGUAUGUAUAGUCUGAUAAUGGUAUGCUUUGAUAUGAAAAUACAGUGAUGCGCAAUAUACUGUACUGUAUAUCCAUGCUUGUAUAUCAGGAAUCUAGCUGUACCUAUAAAUCAAACAUAUUUUUAUAAAUGCUUCUUAUAAAAGUGAAUUCAGUUAAACUAUGACAAA